AUGUUCGCUAAUAAUGUGAUCAUAUUAACAGCUACAAACACAGUAACAACUUAUAUCGUUAUAUAUCUAUACACGAAGAAUUUUUUAAUUACACGCGUAAACAUAGACACGGUCAUCCAUCUGUCUGACGAGUUUAUCUAUCUAUCUAUCUAUCUAUCUAUCUAUCUAUCUAUCUAUCUAUCUAUCUGCGUCAGUCUUUUCGUAUCUAUCUAUCUAUCUAUCUAUCUAUCUAUCUAUCUGCGUCAGUCUUUUCGUAUCUAUCUAUUUAUCUAUCUAUCUAUCUAUCUAUCUAUCUGCGUCAGUCUUUUCGUAUCUAUCUAUCUAUCUAUCUAUCUAUCUAUCUAUCUAUCUAUCUAUCUAUCUAUCUAUGUAUCUUUCUUUUAUCUAUAUCAACUUCGGAAAAUCUAUUUUCGCUUCACCCUCUUUCUUCGCACAUUUCUUUACCUGUUUCACAUUAUCCGCGAAUACAAAAUCCGCUCGUCUCUCGUAUAUAUACAUUUACAGAUUCACUUCGUGUCUAUUUUUCUAUCAGCUCUUUAUUCUAUCUAUCUAUCUAUCUAUCUAUCUAUCUAUCUAUCUAUAGAAUAUAUAAACAGGGACAAACGCCUACAUAGGCCACCGUUUUACUAUCUCGUCAGUUUGUCCAUGUCCGACCUGGCGCGUUCAGUCUUUUGCCUGCCUUUCGUUUUGACAACUGUUAUUCAGGGAUAUGUAUGGGUGUACGGUGAAAACGUCUGCACUUUGUUGGCCUUCACCAACACUUUCUUUAUUUACAGUUCGGCCAUUACGUUUUUGUUGAUCGCUGCCGAUCGAUAUAUCGGGGUGGUCAGGACCCGCUUCUAUCGGCGCAAAUGUGGCGGGCUCAUCUCUCUGGCUUUUAUCGUUUUCGGUUGGGGCGUUGCCUUCCUCGUCUCUUUCCCACCCAUCUUUGGACUGGGCAGUUACACAUUUGUGCCAGACGAGGCCCAGUGUACGUAUGCUCAUAAGCACUACCGGUCUAAUGACACUUUGAUAUUUGUCAUGGUUUUCACACUGAUGAUGGGACUCUCUUUGCUUCUCUAUUACCGUAUUUUGAUAUUUCUUCGUAACCAUCGUAAAAUGCAUCCAUUCUUUCACCAACCCGCGCGUAGUAACAACUGGACGUUUUUCGGACCAGGCGCCAACGGACAAGCUCUAGUCAACUGGUUGAACGGUUUUACCGGCUUCCGACAAAACCCGUGGUUAAAUCCGAUAGCUGCAGGUUUCCAGAUGCCGCCAAGGCAGCUGGGGAGAACCGUCAACCUGAAGGUGGUAAAAGACGAACACUUAAGCAGACUUUUCUUUCUUGUUAAUAUCAUCUUUGAUGGUCUCUGGAUCCCGUAUCUUGUUCUUUCCUACUGGCAGAUAUUCGCUACCACAAAGAAAUUAUCACCAACAUUUGUUAGUGUGGCGGCUUGGUGCAGUUAUUUGUCUGUAGCUAUUAAUCCUUUGGUUUAUUUAUGUUACAGUGGGACCCUUAGAAGGGCAUUUCGACCUUCAGUGAACGCUUACUCAAAAAGAGACAGCGUAAGAGAAUGA